UAUAUAUAUAUACAUACAUAUACAAAUACAAAUACAUAUCGACGUUUACUACUUGCAUGAAUAGGCUGUGCUAGUACCUACGAAGUAUAUCUACCUACAUAGCUCAUGGGAGUGGUGUCGCUUCUAUUGGUACACCCAUACAACCACGCAUAUCAGACCACCAUACUAACGCUAGGCUAGCAAGGCACUUCUUGGUUACACACGCACCUUCAGUGUGUGUGUUGUUAAAACCACCUCACUAUGCGUAUGAUAGUCAAAGGAGGUGUGUGGAAAAACACCGAGGAUGAGAUCCUCAAAGCAGCCGUGAUGAAAUACGGCAAGAACCAAUGGGCCCGUAUUGCGUCUCUGCUGCACCGUAAGACAGCCAAACAGUGCAAAGCCAGAUGGUAUGAAUGGCUUGAUCCGAGUAUAAAGAAAACGGAAUGGACACGAGAGGAAGAAGAGAAGCUUCUGCACCUGGCCAAGUUGUUCCCUACGCAAUGGCGUACCAUUGCACCGAUGAUUGGCCGGACGGGGGGGCAAUGCUUAGCUCACUAUGAGUAUCUGCUGGAUCAGGCGCAGCAGAAGGAGGACGGCAUGGAAGAGGCCGAUCCACGCAAACUAAGGCCGGGAGAAGUCGACCCCAACUCAGAGUCCAAACCCGCCAGGCCUGAUCCCGUAGAUAUGGAUGAGGAUGAGAAGGAAAUGCUAAGUGAAGCUCGAGCACGUCUGGCGAACACCGUCGGUAAAAAGGCCAAACGAAAGGCACGAGAGAAACAGUUGGAAGAGGCCCGCCGGUUGAGUAUGCUGCAGAAACGCCGCGAAUUAAGAGCCGCUGGGGUGGAGUUAAAGAAGCGUCAGAAAUUCGGCAAGCAUCGGAUCGAUUACAAUGAGGAGAUACCCUUCGAAAAGAAGGUUCCUGUAGGCUUCUACGACACCUCGAACGAGCGAGUGAUGGAGAGUAACACUGAGUUCAAAGCCAAAACUUUAGAGCAACUGGAAGGCAAGCGCAGAGAUAAGGAGGAAGCCGAACUGCGGAAAAAAGACAAGGAGAAGAGUAAGGACAGGAAGAGCAAAGCGAUGGGAGAGGCUAUUAAACUGCUUAAUAAGGAUAACGAACCACAACGUAAGAGGACCAAAUUGGUGCUACCUGCGCCCCAGGUAUCGGACGCUGAACUAGAACGUAUCGUCAAAGUGGGUGCGCAAUCUAUGGCCAUAUCAGACGAGGCGGAUGGUGAAGUCACAGGCGAACUUCUCAGCGACUAUUCCGCCACUCCUGCAUCAGUCAUGCCCACACGAACGCCUCGGGUGCCACAAGCGGAGGAUACCAUCCUCAAAGAAGCGCAGAACUUAAUCGCACUCACCAACACGGAAACGCCCUUGCUCGGGGGUGCUAAUGUUAAUCUCAACAAUUCGAGUUUCAAGGGCCUUACCCCCGCACGAAGUGUUUUACAGACACCCAAUACCGUCUUGGGGACACCUGCACAUCCCGGGUCUGUUUUACCCGGUCAAGCGCCUUCAAUACCAAUGACUCCGCGAUUGGGUGACGGUCGUUUGGCGCCCACACCCGCACGAGACUCAUUGAGGAUCAACCGAUUCGAUUCGGGAGAGACGCCGGGUUCUGUUUCCAGAAAUGAGAUGAUGAACAACAAAACGGGACUGCUGGCUGGCCUCAGAGCACUGCCCAAACCAAAGAACGACUUCGAAGUUGUUGUCCCAGAUAUGAUGGAGGACGCAGGUGAAGACACGACAAUGAUGCGAGAAGAAGACGCAGAGGAAAUUGAAGCGCAACGACAGGCCGCGGAGGCGAAAGCGUUGGAACUCGAACUGUCCCGAAGAUCGGAAGCGCUCAAGCGCGGUUUGCCCAGACCCUCGAGAGUGAAUGCACAGGCUGGCGUUGCUGACCUGUCGGGUCAUGUCACCGAUCUCCACUUUGCGGAUGUGCUUAUUUGUAAAGAGAUGGUACAACUUCUCAGACGCGAUGCUAAAAAGUACCCUGUCGGUGGGCAUCGGCCCAAGAUCGGCGGAAAUGUUUCCGAAGUUAGCGAUGAGGAUCUGCAGAAUGCGCGUGAGCUGUUAGCGGAGGAGUCUAACCUCAUAUUACAGGAAGCAAUGGGCGACAUGGCCAUGGCUGAGUUUGAGAGGUUUUGCGUGGAAACAUGGGAGAAGAGCCGGAACCAAAUUACCUACAUACCUACUCAGAACAAAUUUGGACGUGUGACUCUGGCAAAACCUGAAGAAAGAUUAGCGGCUCGGAAGGAAGAGUUCAAGAGUAUCAUGGACAGGCUCAAAAAAGACGGCUACAAAAAGGCCGCCAAAUUGGAGAAGAAGGCAGCUAUGUAUACUUCUGGGUUCCAGAAACGAGCCGAAACGCUCAAGGAAGAAAUUAAGACAGCAAACGAACAACUGUUACAGGCCAGUAUUGACUACAAGUGCUUCACUGCACUACGCGCAGCCGAGCAAGCGUCUAUUACCGGCAGAGUAGAGGCAUUGGAAAGGGAAACGCAGCGUCAAGAGAAGCUGUUGGCCGCCGAACAAGAGAGAUACUCAGAACUUGUGUCGAGGCGCGAACACCUCCAGUCCACUAUAGCUAGCAGUUAGACUACAGAUAUCAAUAAAAUCGUCUGAAAUAUGUACGAAGACUC